AUGAGUUCUCAAGAAUCGCAGUCGGCCGAAGAGGCUUCUGCAAUUAUACUCGGAGAAAAAAACCUCGCGUUGAACAACGAUGGUGGUAAAGGCGAUGAAGCUCGGCACCACAUCGUGUCCGUGGCAAGCCCAGCGGAAAUACAGGAGGCAGGCGACGGAUAUAAAGUGAUCAAGUCGAGAGAUGCAGAUGUGACGCUCAAGUUUCUGCAGGAGAACGACCAUCUCGUCGAACCCAUAACCCCGGAACAGGAACGCAAGCUUUCUCGUAAAGUCAUGUGGAUUAUUGUAUCUCUUACGGCGUUUAUUGAUAUGGUGUUGUAUGCAGACAAGGCAGUGAUGUCCUACGCGGCGAUUUUUACGUUCUUCAAGGACACGGGCCUCACACAAAACAAGUACAACAACGCCAACACCCUUUUCUACUUCGGCUACAUUCUCGGCCAAGGAAAUUUAUACUGGAUCCAGAAAUUCCCUCUAGCGCGUGUGCUAGUUGUGAUGACAACCUUGUGGUGUGCCGUCAUUUUCCUACAUUGCGCUGCUUUCAAUUACAAAGGUGUGUACACGCUGAGAUUUUUCUUAGGUUUUAUUGAAUCCAUUGGUGUCCCCACGCUCAAUGUGACCAUGGGACAGUUUUUAACGCCCAGAGAAAAAUCAGCCACCGCACCUGUUUUCUACUCCACUUGUAUGGGGGUGACAAUUCCUGUGGGCUUUAUCGCGUAUGGUGUCUUGAAUAUCCAGAAUCCUCCUAUCGCUGCUUGGAAGAUUUUCACGAUCAUUAUCGGCGGAAUUUCUUUCCUGACAACCGUUUUGAUCCUGAUAAUCUAUCCCAACAACCCAACUGAUGCCAAAUUUUUGUCGCGGGACGAAAAAGUCUGGGUUAUCAGAAGAGUUCAAGAGAGCACCGGCUCCUCUAUCGAAUCUAAAGUUUUCAAGCCAUACCAAGUUAAAGAGGCUCUGAGGGACCCUAUUUCUUGGCUGUUUGGUGCGUUUUUCCUACUGCAGCAGUUGGCUAAUAACUUGACGUACCAACAGAAUCUGUUAUAUGAAGGUCUCGGUAACAUUUCCAAUUUGGACUCGACGUUGGUUUCGGUAGCGUCCGGUGGCUUCCAGGUCGUUUUGGCUAUAAUUGCAACGACCGUUUUGCUGUACAAAAAGAACCUUGUCGCUUUCUCCGUCGUAUUUUGGAGUCUUCCGUCAUUUGUCGGAUCCAUUGGCGCGGUGUCACUUCCUUGGGGUAACAAGUUGGGUCUUUUGGCAAUGGUUUGCCUAGCUUCUCCCUUUGGUAUCCCUUGGAUUCUAAUGUUCAGCUGGACGUCACAGACUUGUUCUGGAUACACCAAAAAGCUAACCCGGAAUGCUAUUAUCAUGUUUUGGUAUGGUGUUGCCAAUAUUAUUUCUCCUCAACUAUGGCAGGAGAGAGACGCCCCUCGCUACAACCCUGCAUGGAUUGUUCAGACGGUACUCUCUUUCUUCACUGCACCCGCCCUUGCGAUUGUCAUUUGGUAUAUUUUGAGAAGGCGGAAUAAGGAACGUGCUGCCAACCUGGAGUAUGAGGACGACAAAGUUGGAUUUGUUGAAGAAGGCAGUGGUAAACUGAAAGUGAAUGUCGCGUUGCUGGAUCUUACUGAUCACGAAAACAAGGCUUUCAUUUAUCCCCUUUAA